AUGGCUAAUCGAAUCAGACCUUCGUUGAGUCUACAAUUGAGACAUCAUCUGUCUAACACAUCGAUGCGGAAUCCGAGACAAACAGCGUCAUCCGAAGGAAGAGAACCACCAACGAGAAUUAGAAAGGAACGAUCGUCUAAAAAUGGACAACCGGAGACUGUUUUCAAAACGCCUACACAAGAUAUGUCCACCAGCUUCAUUGUUUGCGACUUCCCAUACUGA